CACCGCCACCCUCACCCUACUUUUCUAAUAAUCUGGAGGAGUGACGUAAUCAUCGCUUGCCUCCGUUGAUCGAAACCAUAUUUCUCAAGUUAUUCAAGCUAAUAGAGUCUCCAAAAAGAUCGCAACCACUCUAUCUGUUGUGCCAGUUACAGACAUGGAUAAUGGAAUUCAAGAGAAACUAAUUCGACGUGAGAAAGAAGAGGAGGAAGGUGACUUGAAAGGGAGGAUAUGGGUUGAAUCAACAAAGAUAUGGAGGGUUGCAUUGCCCGGUGUCAUAUCAAGAGUCUGCGCAUUUGGAACUAUUGUUGUCACACAAUCAUUUAUUGGUCAUAUUAGUGACAUCGAUCUUGCUGGUUAUGCUCUUGUUCAAACACUUAGUGUCAGAUUUGUCAACGGAAUCCUCUUGGGAAUGUCGAGUGCAACUGAAACUCUUUGUGGACAAGCAUUUGGAGCAGGGCAACACCAUAUGAUGGGAAUUUACUUGCAAAGAUCAUGGAUAGUUGACUUGAUUACUUUGACCGUCUUGCUCCCGAUUUUCAUCUUCGCUACACAAAUUUUCAAACUUCUAGGCGAAGACGCGGCCGUAGCAAACAACAGUGGAUACAUCUCUUUGUGGUUCAUCCCUUUUGUCUACAAUUUCGUCUUCAGUUUGACCAUACAAAUGUACCUACAAGCACAACUGAAAAACAUGGUGAUUGCAUGGCUUUCGAUCGCUCAAUUCGGGAUCCACAUCCCAUUGUCGUUGCUAUUCGUGCGCAAGCUGAACCUUGGGGUAAGCGGUGCGAUGAUUGCGUUGUCGAUGUCGUCGUGGAUUCUGGUGAUCGGAGAAUUCAUUUACAUAUUUGGUGGUUGGUGUCCUUAUUCUUGGAGAGGAUUUACAGUAGCUGCAUUUAAGGAUCUGUUUCCUGUUGUGAAGCUCUCAAUAUCAUCUGGUGUGAUGGUCUGCUUGGAGUUAUGGUACAAUGCUGUUUUAGUCUUGCUUGCGGGGUACAUGGCAGAUGCGGAGGUUGCAAUUUCUGCCUUCUCCAUAUGCCUGAACAUCAAUGCAUGGGAGUUUAUGAUUAGCCUCGGUUUCUUAGGUGCAGCAUGUGUCCGUGUUGCAAAUGAAUUAGGGAGAGGAAAUGCUAAAGCGGCAAAGUUCUCGAUUAAAGUUUUGUUGGGCACUUCGAUUGCGAUUGGAGUGUUUUUCUUCUUUCUUUGCCUGGCUUUUCGGAAAAAACUUGCCUACUUGUUUACGAAUGAUAAAAGAGUUGCAGAUACUGUGUCAGACCUUUCUUUGCUGCUUUCUUUUUCGGUUUUACUGAACAGCAUCUAUCCAGUUCUCUCAGGGGUGGCGGUUGGAGCGGGAUUGCAGGGUACUGUAGCGAUCGUUAACCUUGUUUGCUUCUAUUUGAUUGGUAUUCCAAUGGGAGCUUUGCUUGGUUACUUGACCAAUCUCGAAGUAAAGGGUAUAUGGAUCGGGAUGAUUGGUGGCGUUGUGACACAAACACUUGCGCUUGUAUAUAUGGCAUGGAGAACGGAUUGGGAUGAUCAGGUACAUACAUAUAACAAAAAGAAGUCUUGUUUAUUCCAUUAUUAUUAUUAUUAUUAUUAUUAUAAAAAUGUUAUUCUAUUUUCAUGUCUCUUUUGUGUCCUACCAAUCGUUUUAAAAUACAUUGUUGUGUUAACACUCUCUUUUCCUUGAAGAAUAAUUAUAAUUUAGAUAUAUAUUAAGUACAUAAAUGAUGUGGUGAGAAAUGGGCUCUUAUGUUUUUGUAUUUAUGGUGUAUAACGAGCGUUUUGA